UCUUUGGUUUGUAUUGCGUUUUCAGUUCUGCAAAACACAAUUUUCAGAAGCCAACCAGAUCCAAAGAUCUCAUGUUCUAUUCAUAACUUAAUUGUCCAUGUCCUCCCAAAGGUUUCAAAUUCAGAUACCUCUAAAACCAGCAGGAAAAGAAGAAAAACAGCAAGGAGAUUUAAGCUACAGAAGGUUUCUGGCCUUAGUUUAAUUACCAAUGGGCAAUCGGGUAUCAACUGUUGGACUACUAAGGAUGCCUUGGUUAGUUGAAACAUGUAAACAAGUUAAAAUCCUGGAUGAUCUUAAGCAAAACGCCGGCGACCGGUUCCCCAGCUCUGACUACCACCCCCCUGACAGGAUGAAUUGGAUGUCAGGCCUCAACUCACAGAGAAUUCACAUAAACAAGAUUGUUUGGCCGGGCACCCAUGACUCUGCAACCAACCAAAUAGGCAUCCCGAUUAUCACUCGCCCCUUUGCCGAAUGCCAGUCCUUGUCAAUCUAUGACCAGCUCGUUUGGGGUGUUCGGGCCCUGGACAUCCGAGUUCAACAUGAACGCAAGGUCUGCCAUGGACCCAUUGCGAGCUACUCCAUUGAUGUUGUCAUCAGGGACGUCAAGAGCUUCCUAUCUGAGACCCAGUCUGAGAUCAUAAUCCUGGAGAUACGCACAGAGUAUGGAUGCCAAGACCCACCCGAGUUCGACGAGUACUUAGUAGACCAGCUAGGUGAGUUGUUGAUUCACCAGGAUGAGCGUGUCUUUGGGAAGACGGUUGCUGAGCUGCUGCCGAGGCGUGUCAUCUGCGUAUGGAAGCCAAGGCAGCAAUCAGCUCCGCCCAAGGCGGCCGGCCAGCCGCUCUGGAGUGCUCACUCCUUGAGGGACGACUGGGUUGAUACUGACUUGCCAUUGACGAAGUUUGAGAGCAACCUGCAGCGUCUGAGCGAGCAGCCACCGGCGUCGAGCAGGAAGUUCUUCUACAGGGUGGAGAAUACUCUCACGCCGCAGACCGCUAACAUGAGUGUGAUCGUGGAGCCUCUGGCUCGGACGAUGCACAGGUAUGCAAGACUUUUCAUAGCGCAGUGCUUCUCUCGGGGGUUCGCAGAUCGGUUGCAGAUCUUCUCCACGGACUUCGUGGAGGAGGAUUUCGUCGAUGCGUGCAUUGGGUUUACACAGGCAAGAAUAGAAGGGAAGGCCUGAAAACUGAUCAAGGAUUGUGUCGUUAUUCUUCAUGCAUGGAACUAGCUAGCAGCUCUACUAGUGUUUCUGAUAGUUCUACCUCUAAUUAAAUAAUUAAUUCAUUCGCUCCCUUGGGCAGUUGUUAAUUUAGAGACGAAA